AUGUCCGCAUCCAAAGGCGUAGCCCUCGUAACAGGCGCCGGCAGAGGCAUCGGCCGCGCGAUCGCGCUGCGCCUCGCCCGCGACGGCUACUCGCUGGCCCUCAACGAUACAUCCCCCAACCGCGCCGCCGUCGCUGCCGUCCAGUCCGAGAUCGCGCAAAUCACAUACAGCGGCAGACCUGCCAAGGCGGUGGGCGUGCCGGCGGACGUGACGGAUGAGGGACAGGUGCAGGAGAUGGUGCGGCGGACCGUCGAGGAGCUCGGUGCCGUUGAUGUGAUGGUCGCGAACGCGGGCAUACUCAAGGCGCGGCCGAGUCUGGUCGAGACGUCAUUGGCGGACUUCGACGCGACGUUCGCGGUGAACGUGCGCGGCGUCUUCCUCUGCUACAAAUACGCGGCGCAGCAGAUGAUCGCGCAGCACCGGCAGAGAGGGGGGGCGCCGGCGUCGACGGGGUGCAGCAUCAUCGGCGCUGCGUCCGUCACGUCCAAACAAGCGUGGGCGGGGCUCUCUGCGUAUUCGGCGAGCAAAUGGGCGGUGCGGGGGCUGACGCAGGCCUCAGCGCUAGAGCUCGCGCCCUAUGGAAUACGGGUGAACGCAUACGCACCUGGCCUCGUUGAUACCAAAAUGGUGGAAAGAAUCGCGGUAGAGAGCAACAGGGAGCACUCGCGAUACAUAGCCGAGGAAUCGCGCAACAUCCCCCUCAAACGCUUGGGCACGCCAGACGACGUCGCCAACCUGGUUGCGUUCCUCGUGUCGGACAAGGCGUCGUAUAUUACCGGUGCGUUCGACACUAGCCGAGGCACAUAUAAACAACCACCACAAAACUGA